GUCUCGUCUCCAAACUGUCGAGGAGGUUGUCCCCAUGACGGCUUGCGCCGUCCUUUGUCCAUGUGGUGAUAGCGACUUCGGCACAUGACAGAGGCCCUCCUUGAGAAAGUGCCGGCGAGCACAAGAAAACCCUAUGCGACGAAGUAUUUCUCAGGAUAUAUCCCUCACCCUGCGCGCGGAGGCCAGACGAGUCUCGACUUACCGUGAAAGCAAUGGCCGCGGACUUAAAGGAGCUCGUGCAUAACGUCGUCGAGGCGAACUCGCAAGACCUGUGGCAACUGAGUCGUUUCGUAUGGGAGCAUCCCGAGCUAGCUCUGAACGAGGUGCAAUGCCACGACUGUCUUACAGGCUUCUUGGAACGACGUGGCUUCGACAUGACGCGUAAUUAUCUCCUGGACACAGCGUUCAAGGCGGAGUUUCACGCUCCUGGCGUGGCAGAAGGGCCCUGCAUAGCACUGCUGUGCGAAUUUGACGCCUUGCCCGACAUUGGUCACGCCUGCGGACAUAACCUGAUCGCCGAGGCCUCCGUGGGUGCGGCGCUUGCCGUGCAGGCGGCGAUGAAGAGUCAUAGCGACAUUCGUGGCAAAUUGGUCGUUCUCGGCACACCUGCGGAGGAGAGUCACUGCGGUAAGGAGCUGCUGAUACGAAGGGGCGCCCUGGCGGGAAUCGACGCAGCACUCAUGUCUCACCCAUUUCCGGUGGACAUCUUGACGGCUGCCUUUGCAGCGACGGAUCAGCUUGUGGUCCGCUUCAAAGGUAAAGCAGCUCAUGCAGCAGCAUCGCCGUGGGAAGGAGUUAACGCCCUGGACGCUGCCGUCGCUUCGUACGUCAACAUCGGCCUGCUUCGGCAGCAGCUGAAGCCAACCGCUCGGGUGCAUGGCGUCAUCACUAAUGGCGGCAGGUACCCCAACGUCAUUCCCGAGGAGGCGGAGAUGAGCUACUUCGUCCGGGCUCCGAGCACCGAAGAGCUGGUCGAGCUCAAGCGAAGGGUCGAGGCCUGCUUCCAGGCUGCAGCCGAAGCCGCGGGCUGCACCGCGCACCUGGACAGGCGCUCGACGUACAUGCACGUCGUGCACAACGACGCCAUGGCGAGAGCGUACCGGAAACACGCCCGCGCGCUCGGCGUGUCCUUCGUCGAUGACGUCGUUACGAACCUGCCGCCGUCGGGAGCAGCCACGGACUGCGGCAACGUGUCCCACCGCGUGCCCACCAUCCACCCGCUGUUCGGCGUCCCCAGCGCCCAGGGAGCGGCCAAUCACACGCGGGAGUUCGCUGCCGUGGCCAACGCUGUGGAUUCGCAGGCUCCCACCCUGCGAUCCGCCAAGGCCCUGGCCUUGACGGUGCUCGACCUGCUAAGAGACGCGGAGUUGUUAGGCGAAGCGCAGCGAGAGUUCGCUGCGCAGCGACUGCCGCUGGAAAAAGAAGAGAUGCGAAUCAUGCUUUCACAGAGCGACACUAAAUGACGACAUUCGCGAGCUAAAAUACACAAGCUGCAAGUUCAGCGAAACAAAGUUUACAACCCUUAUUAGAAAUACACCUGCACCAGAGUUUUCAUACUCAGUAAUGCAGUAUGUUUACGGUAAUACACGAGCAUUGCAAUGUACAUUGAAUUAAAUUGGGGUUUUGGACCUUUCCAGGAAGAGGAAACGAAAGGAGAAGACAGGGAUGUUAACCAGAAAUGUGCCUGCUUGGCCACCCUUCUCAGGGGGCCGGGAAAGAGGGAAUAUAAAGAUAUAGAGAGACCAGAAGGGAAGGGGGG